AUGAGGCCUGCGAUCCUUCUCGGGUGCCUGGGGGUGGCCCUGGCAGCGCCGCUCCUGCCCCGGCCCCUGCUCUCAGCGAGCCACAGUCACGAGCUGCUGGUGGGGCUCAGCAACGCCAGGCUUGGGGUGCUCCCGCCCAGCCGCCAGGCACCAGCAAAUCCACUGAUUUUUCCUCUGCAACAAUGGCCUCCCAUACCAGGACUCUCACGGUCGUCGCUGGGUCAUUUUGGAGGGCUUGUUCCAAAUGAGAUUCCCUUCCCAGGGCAGGUUAAGUUGGCUCAGAGAAGCCCGGCAGUCCAGCAGGAACCUCCUCAGCUGCAGAUGCUUCAGCAAAACCAGCAGGACCCCUAUCAAAUGGUUCCAUUCUAUCCAGUUUGCACGUAUGGCCCACAGGACCUGCCGAUCCAGUUCUCUCCACAAGUGGGGCCACCACUGCCACAGGAGCAGAUUCCAUCUUAUCCUGAAUUUGGGUGCCUCACUCAGCAAGCGGGACCUGUGUUGCCCGGAGGACAGCAGGAGAGGACCUUUGACCCGCUAAGAGGGGAUGCUCCUGAAACCCCUGCCAUGCCAGUAGAAAAUGUGCUGCCAUAUGCCCAAAGAGAAAUGGUGAACCUUGGAAACCCCUAUGCUGGAAUUUUCAUGCCUUCCUAUCCUUUGAAGCAUCAAACAGCCAACAUUUUGGCUUCCCCCACAGAUAAUGUCAUUCCUUUGGAGCUCAUAGAAGAAAAGAUCAACCCUGAUUUGCUGGCGGAACCAUAA